AUGUCAAGUAAAAGUAAUUGCAGUUUGUGGAUUGGGAAUAUCCCAUUUGAUUUAUCUGAAAAAGAGCUACAAGAAAUAUUAUCUAGAGUUGGUGAAGUAGUAAGUGUUCGAAUUAAAUAUGACAUUGAUAAAAAUGUAAGUAAAGGUUUUGCAUUUUGUGAAUAUAAAGAUUUAGAGACAUGUAUGUUAGCAUUGAAAUAUUUAAAUGGGUAUGAAAUAAGAGGAAGAAAAUUAAAAUUAUAUUGGGCUAACGAUGAAUCAAGAGAAAAGGCAAAUAAUAGUAUUUUCCUAAGUAAUGGGAUAGGUAAAAAUAAAUAUGAUAAAAAAAAAGAAUUUUUUGAAAAGUAUAUGAAUCCGGUUGAUUUAGGACCAGAAAGUGGAAAUCCAAAUUUUAUGACCGAUUAUAAAAAUAAUUAUAAUAAUAAUAUUUCAUUUUCUAACAAUUUUGAUGGAUUAAAUCCUGAAAUAGAUUUUAUUAAUAUAAAUGGUAUACCUAAUGAAGGAUAUCCAAAUGUAGGAAUAAAAUAUGGUCAGGCAAAAAGUUUGAAUUUUAAUGGUGAUAAAGAAAAUGAUUCUUGUAUAAUUAAAGAGAUAUCUACUAAAGAACAUAUUGGAAAUAUUAUGCACACAUUAACAACAUCACAAAUUAUUUAUAUUUUAUCGUAUUUUCAAAAAUAUUGUCAUAAUAAUAUGAAUAAUUUAAAAUUAUUUUUUCAAAAAAAUCCAACUGUUGCUUAUGCAUUAUUACAUUGUUUAUUUUUGCUAAAUAUAAUAAAUGAUUAUACUAUGGUCAAUAAUAAUAUAGAUAUAUAUGUUAAUGAAAAGGCAUAUAUAAAUAAAAAUGAAAGAACUUUGCAAAUGGAAAAAAGUAAUAUGAAAAUUAAUGUAAAAAAUUAUGACAAUAUUGAAAUGAGAAAAGGAAAUAUUAAUGAUGAUAUGUAUGACAAUAUGAAUUACUCUAAAAAUAAUAAUUAUAUUGAUCCAUCGUUUUCAAAUAUAUAUGAAGAUAAUGGACAAGCGGAUAAAGGAUUAUACAAUAAAAAUCGAGAUGAUGGUACAAUGAAACACAAAAAAAACAUUUUAUCUUCUACAUCAUCAGGUUUUAAUAAAAAACAGAAACAUGCACAUAGUAAUAAUAAUUCAGCAAAUAUAUCUUUAAAAAAUAAAGGAAACACAUUACCUUCUGGAUUAUAUGGAUAUAAAAAAGGAAAUAAUUCAAACAAUAAUAAAUAUGGAUCUAAAUAUAAUCGAAAUAGAUUGUAUAACAAUGAUGAUAAUUCAUCUGGUCCUUCAACUUCUAUUCAUGGAAAAGGUCAGACUAAAAAGAGUUUAUAUGGUAACUCUAAUAUGAAUAAAUAUAAUAACGAUAUAAAUUAUGAGAAUAAUCAAUUUGAUAGGAGUGCACAAAUGGGUGCAUUACAUAACGGGGCAGAUACUUCAUUACCUGAUCAUAUGAAUAAUGAUAUUAUAAAUAAUAAUUAUCAAUCUGAUUAUAUGUCUGAUUAUUCCCAUAUGGAUAUGGGAGGAAAAGAUGGAGGAGACCCCAAUUCAGGAUACUAUCAAAAUAACUCAUCAUCAAAUUAUAUGGAUAAACGGAAUUUUCAAAUGGGGGGAGGACAUUUUAAUGAUACAUCACAUAAAAAAGGUAUGAAAAUUGGAAAUUCAUUAGAUGGAAAUAAUAUAAAAGAUGGUAUGAUAAAUUCAGAGAAUGAUACAUUACGACUUCAUGAUAUACAUAAUAUAGAGUUUAAAGGAUUGUAUAAUAAUUCUGGAAAUAUUUCAUCUCAUGUUAGUAAUGAUGGUGAUGGUAUAUAUAAUAAUGAUAAUAAUAAAGCAGAAAGAGAUUUAUCAAUUCCUUUACAAAAUUCAAAUAUUAUUUUAGAUCCAAUUUAUGAUACAGUUGAUACUCCUGACGAUGAACUUGUAAAUGUUAUCAUAAAAGACCCAAAUAUAUUAAAAAAUAUUUUACGUUCAAAAAUCGAAGAUAUGAAAAAUUGGAGUGAUGCACAAAGAACUCAAGUAUUGUCAAUACAAAAGGCUCUUCAAUUAAAGGGGUACUCCUUGAAAUAG